AUGUCGAAAAACAUCGUCACAGAGUCAGACUUGGGGCCUGAAACCAGAUUACCUCCGGUUCAGUUAGUCGAACAUCUCUUAGGAAGCCUCCAAGAGGACCAAAAGGUCGAUGCUUUUGAUUUGGAAUCCGCGAUCAACGCUUUCACGAACUUCCAAGAACCAAUGAGCAAUAGCAAGAUAUCUGAGUUGACCAUCUCGGGUUCUAUAAUAGUCCAGUUUCUUGUUGCUUCCAAAGAAACUAUUGGUGAUUAUGAACAGUGGACGAUAAUGUCUCCACCAAUGAAAGUUCGUCUGGUCGAUCUGUUGAAUAAAAUACUCAAUCAAGGUUUCAUACGGUCGCUUUUUUCCCUCAGAGAUCACAUUCGAACCUUGGCACUUGGUAGCAAACCCCGUCACAGUGCGUCUGCGAUGGCCACCUUGCCAGACGUACUGAUUGCUUCUGUGAUCGACUACAUCAACGGCGAUAUAUCAAACAACUUGCCUCAGUCGGCUGCUCUUCAAACUUGCCCUUCCUGGUCGCAUCAAACCAUUGAGCUUGUCGUACGGAUCCCGACUGACCAAGAACAACUGAUGGAUGUUCUGUUUUCCUCAAUACCUCGCAAUGAUAAGUUGAGCUAUGAGAUCAAAUUAGCUUGCUUGUCUCUAUUAUAUUGUCUCUGUUGUCUGGAUAAUUGGAGCCCAUUCCAACCUGAUCAAGCAUGCGAUCAACUUGCAAGCUUCAUCACUUCACUCGAUGAGAAUAUUAGCGUCUCUCAGAUAUCUGUUUCCCAAAUUCUUUGCCUAUAUGGCGUAAGCUUCAAAUCAAUCAACACUUCGCCUUUUCUCAGACACUAUCUUGCUGAUUCAUCGGAUUUGUCAGUAUUUGCCCCUCAAAAUCUGCUUGGUGAUAUCAAACUCAAUACAGCGCAGAACACUCUGUUUUCUGAUGGAGGUGAGAUGAUGCCAUGGGUCUGGUUACAUGCCGACUUUUGUCCCGAUGUUGAGACAAAGUUGAAAAAAUCUGAAGUACAUCCGGUUUUAUCCUCCGCUGGAAAUCCGAAGAACUUCUUCUUUGGUCUAAGCCCUCCGGAAGGCUUGAGCCCCUCUACAUGGAAUCGGAUCUGGCGCUCGAUCUUCAGCAUUCUCUUGGAUAUCCAUGAACGAACACGUAAUCAAGACAAAUUUGAAAAUUCCACAGUCGAUGGGAGAGGGAGACUCUCGAGACUAGUAGUGGAGGCUCUUCAGAGGCUCUUUGAGAACGUCUUUGACCUUCCAGAGAAACGUUAUUUCAUACGCCAGGUCAUUGGGUUACCUUCAAAAGAUAUCACAUUUUUUCUACAAAAAGCUCAAAAGAACCUUCAUAAGUUUCUCAAUCAGACCCUGUCGGUAGUGCAACAAUCAAUGGAGUCUAUCAAGACUGAAGAUACGAACUACAUGAGUGAGGCUACGGAUUGUUUGGAUUUCUUGAAUUUUUGGGCAGAGAAUCAAUUUGGUAAACCAACAGAUCUUUCUUUGACGAUGUUUUUGCAUGUUCAUCAAGCUGACGCCUAG